AUGCAGAAGGAGGUCACCAGCAGCCCACCACAACCCAGCCCACCACAGCCCAUCCCAUCCCAGCCUGCUCCACUCCCGUUUGCAGUGCUUACAAUUCCCUCCAACAUUUCCUACACACAGAUGAACCAGGCGAGGAGAGGAGAGGAGAGGAGAGGAGAGGAGAGCUCAGCACGCAGGCUGUCAUGUAAGCCGUAUUCUCUGGGGCCACCUCUCGGUGCAUGCUGCUUCCUGCCGCAGCGUUGCGCAGAGUGCCCAGAGCCCAGGCUAGCCCAGAGCCUGUGUACAUUCUGCAACAAGUGGCUGUGCUACCAGUGUACAGACAUGCACCAGCACCAGAAAGCCUCCCCUCAGUGCUCAGACCUGCACAAACACCAGAAGCCCACUAACCAAUGGGCCGACCUGCACCAGAGGGACCAGAUAGCCCCCAGGUCCCUGCCUCCACCCGAACCAGGCCCUGGCUCGUGUGGCCGCCCCCUCCUCAUGUGCCACUCUCACAGACAGGAGCCCUUGGAGCUCUUCUGUGAGUCCUGUGACCUCAUGUGCUGCAGCAGCUGUCACCUGUCCGCCCACAAGAACCACAGGUUGGUGCACAUUGGGAAGGCCCUGCAGGACCAACAGUGGCAGUUUGAGAGCCUGAUGGCUCAGGUGGAGGAGAGGAGGUCUGCAGUGGAGAGCACAGCCAAACAGAUAGAGGACAGGCUGCACGGUGUAAAGGUCACGCAGAGGAAGGCUGAGAACCAGAUUAAAAUGGCAAAGAUGAUUAUGAUGAAUGAGCUGAACAAACGGGCUAACCUAUUAAUAGAGCAACUGGAGAAGAUCUCAGAGGACUUCCAGCGGCGCCUGGAGGACCAGCUGCAGGGGGCGAUAGAGAUGUGCAGCCAGCUGGACCACGUGCAGAACUUCAUCAGCUGGGCAACGGCCCACCACCUCAAGAACCCACUGCUCUUCAGCAGGGAGCUGAUUUCUCUCCAGAUGCAGCGCCUGCUUGAACCCCCACUUCACUCAGACGCCUGGCUCCCUGUGAAAAUCAAAUUCAACUGGGAUGCCAGCUACUGGACUAAGCAGAUCUCAACUUUGGGUCAGCUCACUGCCGAGGGGGGAAAUCGCUCCUACUCUGAGGGCGUGGCCUUCCCCAGCAUCCUGAGGCCCCAGCCUAUCACCUGCUUGUCCCUGCCAUCUGUGUGCCAUGGAGGGCGGGAGCAGAGCUGUGCCUUCCAGGCCUGCUGUCAGCCCCAGAUGUGCUGCCUCCACUGCAUACCCCCACAGCCAGCUGUGCAGCUGGACAAGACCCAGCGGGAACCCAACCCCUACUCCGCCAGGUGUGCCCAGUCCACCCUCAGCUCUCCCUCACUGGCCCUGCACCAGAGUCAGCUGCUGAGGUGCUGGGGCCCUGACAGUCCUCCAGGUCCACCAGCUGUGGCGCCCUCCUCCAUGCAGCGUCCCCAACAGCCAGAGCAUCUCCCGGCUGCUGACCCAGGCCUGCUCAGCUCCAGCUCCAACAGUAGAGGUCUUGGACUUCAGCCCCCAGCCACAGCCCUCUACCAGCCUCAGAUUCAGCCGCUUCCCGAAACUCAUGCACAGCCAGCCACAGAUGGGGCCAGGGAAGGCCAGGGCCAGCAGGCCAGCAGAGAGAGAGAGCAGACUCCUGGGCAGCCAGCUGUGGACAGAGAGGUGUUGACAGAGCAGAUCCAGGAGGGGAGCAGGGAGAAGACACAUGUACAGACAGGGGUGGACAGAGAGGUGCUGACAGACGGGAUCCAGCAGCAGCAGCAGCAGCAACAGCAACAGCAACAGCAACAGCAACAGCAGCAGCUCCUGUCUCCCCUAGUGGCCGAACUGGCAGUGGAGCAGCAGGAGGAAGAGCAGCAGGAGGAAGAGCAGCAGGAGGCCAGGACUACACAGCCAUCCAGAGACUGCAGAGAUGGCAUGAGAUCCACUUCAUUGGAGAUGUCUGUGACGACCCAUGGGUUUAGUGUUGAUGCUCAGAGCAGCAGGCCCAGCUCACUGUGUGGGAGGAAGAGUCGAUCCCAGAGCAUCCCACCAGAACUGGCAGGCCCCUCCAGCAGCCCCUCCACAGACAGGCCCCUGGGGGCCACCCACAGCCUAGCAACAGCAGCCGUGGAAAGGGGACGCAUGGCAGACCAGGGUUUCAUGGAUCUCAGGCGGAGGGGGUUGUCUUCUGAUGGAGUGAUACGAUCUGUGGCCUCCUUGGAGAGAUCCUUAGCCACUCCUCCCUCCAGAGGCCAGCCCAGCCUACGCCUGUCGCCUUUGACCAUCUACAAGACAGAGCCUGAUUAUGUCUAUGCAUAUGAUGAGACUGGGCAUGACGUCAAAGGAAAAUGCAGAAUACCAAGAAAGACUCCAGACAACAGUGACAGAGAGGUACAGAAGGAAUCUGGGAGUUCCAGUUCCAAGGUUCCAGUGGUGUGUUUGGAAAGGCUGAAGAUCCUGGUGUCUCGGAUCCCACCACAGGGGCGGCGACAGAGUGACCCUCUGCCAGACACCGCAACAGAAAGGACCGGACCUGUUCCACAGAGGGGAUGGGAGGACAAGAUGACUGAGGGAAUAUCAAAAGAAGCCAAGGUCGCAACGGUCAGCCCGUCUCUGGAUAAACAAUACUCAGAGAGACACACUAUCAAUCAAUCUCUCCCACCUCCAGUAAUCAAUGAUUGGCCUGAGCAUGGAAGAGACAGUCCUCACAAAGAGCUCACACUGCAAGUACCCGCCACUGAUCUUGUAUCACCCCCACCUUUCUCUGCACCUGACCUUGACUCUGACUCAAAUCCCAGGUCAAUCUCAGAAACUGUUUCUGACCCUGAACUGGACUCGGACCCACAACCAGAAUCAGAUCCCCAGCAAGAGUCUGAUCCACCAGCUGAGUCUGCAUCGGAGGCUGGUCUGGAAUCAGUUGCUGAUGAGGAAUCUCCUGAUGAGGCAGCUACAGAAUCAGAACCUAGUUUGGAAGCAGAACCUAGUGUGGAAUCAGAAGGUAGUGAAGAAUCAGAGAAUGGUUUAGAAUCAGAGAAUGGUGAAGACCUGGAUGCUGAUGCGGAAUCAGAGGCUGAUAUGGAAUCAGACCUCCAACCUGACCCUGGCUCAGACCCCCGUUUUCCAUCUGAAACACGUUCGGAAUUAGAUUCUGACCUGGAAUCAGACUGUGCACAACCCCCUGAAUCACAAGGGUCUGCAGAAUCUGGACCAGAUCUGGAAUCGGAGCCAGACUCAGUCCCUGACCCAGCCUCUAUCAGUCCUGACCCAGGAGUGGAGUCCCGUCCAGCCCAGAGGGCUCUGCCUGCAGACCCUGGUCCACAGAUGCAUUGCGAAGAAGCCGAGCAGGUCAUGCCUGGGGCAGAGACCAUGGAGAUGGAGAGUGAAGACUUCUGUGCCGUGUGUCUGAUCGGAGGAGACCUUCUGUGCUGUGACCGCUGUCCCAAAGUCUUCCACCUGUCUUGCCAUGUGCCCGCUCUCCUCAGCUUCCCCACGGGUGACUGGGUGUGUACCUUCUGCAGAGAUAUCCAGCAGCCAGAGGUGGAGUAUGACUGUGAGAACCAGAGGCUGGCUGCAGAAUGUUCAGGAAAGCCAUUGCCUCAUGUGCUCUCUGCUUGUGACCAGAGAAAGUGUGAGAGGUUGACUCUGUUGAUCUGCAGCAACAUGCUAAGUGCUCCCUUCCAUGAGCCGGUCAGUCCACUGGCUCGCCACUACUACCAGAUAAUCAAAAGGCCCAUGGAUCUGUCUGUGAUCAGGGCCAAACUCAGCAAGAGGAGCACUCACCACUACUAUUCACCUGAGGAGUUUGUGGCUGAUGUCUCCCUCAUGUUCAGGAACUGUGCAAAGUUCAAUUAUCCGGACUCAGAGGUGGCCCAAGCAGGUCGCAGCCUGGAGACGUUUUUCAGCUCCAGACUCAGGGAGGUGUUCCCAGACAGGGCCUUCCCUGCAGCCGAGGAGGACUCCGACAGCGAUGAGUACGACGAGGUGUACAGAGCAGCCGAGGGAGGCUUCCCCUGGCCAGAGAAGAGAGAGCAGUGCCACAGGAAGAGGAAGAGGAGGCACUCUCUCAACUGGAGGAAGCAUAACUUCUAGUUGUAGGCAGUGGGCAGUGGGGCAGAGCCUAUCACUGGCUAUUUUGAAGGACAGUAUGACAUGAUAUUGCACUGGACGUUUCCAUCCAAGAGAGGAAGCUGAGUUUUUAUGAAGGGAUUGUAUGUACAUAUUUACAUUUUGAGAAUUGUACUUCUUCAUUAUAAAGGUUAUCUGCUCUUAAUUUGGCCUGAUAUUUGUGUCAAAUAUUAUUGUAUAACUAUAAUCUGACAUACAUCUUUAUACUUAUUAUGCCUUUAUAAACUGCGUUUCUGGUAUUUGUUUUUUGUUCCAGAUAUAUUUGGAGAUUCUACUUAUAUAUGUAGAUUCUCCAUCAUAUAUACAGCAAAACCUAUAAGGUCAGUAUUAAUAAAUGGUAAACAUAUUUAUAAAUAUUAAACUCUACAUUAUCUUGUUUUAUAUAUUAAUAUUGAGUGUUUUUAGUGGCUAAAUGAUUGCAGGCAAUUAGUAAAUACAGACUAUUAAUGUUAAUAUUUCUGUCUUUCAUUUUUUAUAUAUAUAUAUAUGUCUCUGUCCUAUAUGCACUUAAAGUACAGUAUAGAACGUUAUGUACGGCCUACCUUUUUUUACGGUAAUGAUUUGAGUGACUGGCAGAGGGCGCCCUAUCUUCAGCAGCAAUGACUGAGCACAAAGGAAAAGGAUAAGUUCAUAUUGAACCAAGGGGGCUAUUCAAAGAAGAUUAAGAUAAAUAUAAAAAUGAACAUACCUUUAGUUGAAAUUGCCACAAUAGUAUUGCAAGGCACAUAUGCUUUAGAUUUGCAUUUAUUAAAUCCUAAUGAAAUUAUACUUCAUUAGUAUAAGGCCAGUGUUAGUAAUGAUUAUUUCUCAGGCUUAAUGGGAGUGGGAGGUAUUUGAUCCAGUGUGAAUAAGUAGAAAGACCUGGCGAAGUUAAGAGUGACUUAAGAGGAAUGUUAUGUUAUUUCAACUUUCUGUAGUUUCUAUGUAGAAUGUACAUGUUAGUUUUUCAUUUAUGUAAAAUGGCUGCUGCAAUACGGUAGAGCUGGCUGUAUUUUUUUAAAGGUUGCUGCAAAAUAAUAGCUUAAAUUAACUGUCAGAUCAAGCUAAGUUUGCUAUUUGAAUAUACAAACGGACUUAAAACGAUUGUAGGUAUUUUUUCUCUGUAGUAUUUCAUUUGGACUUUUCAAUAUGGAAUAUCUCUGCUUCCAUCUCUAAUAUUGAAUCCUAAAAGCUACAAAGACCCUCUCAGAGUUAGCUGGUAUCAAGAAAUGUCCAUUUAAUAAAGAAUA